AUGAGCAACAACUUUUUUGAGGCAGCCCUUCUCUCGCUAAUCGGAGUGUUCAGUCGGAUCGACUCUAUCGACUACUGUACCGCGAACCUCUGCCCAUCCGGAGUGCCCAAUGUAGGCUGCAAUCCUCCACCGCUGACCGGUGGUCCGAGCUGCUUUGGUAUGGCCGCUGCUCCAGUGACGAUGACUGCGAGCCUUCAGGCACAUCUCCUGCAGCUUCACAAUCACCGCCGGUCGACGAUCGCCAACGGUGGUCUUGCUCCGUUUUACCCGGCACGUCGAAUGGCCACGCUCGUGUGGGACAACGAGCUGGCUUCCCAGGCCGGCCACAACGCGAGAUCUUGCGUGUUCGCUCACGAUCAAUGCCGCAACACGGACGACUUCCGGUGGGCAGGACAAAACCUGGCGAUCAUGCAGUUCUACGGUCAAACCAUAACCGUCGAGACUAUCAUCGAUUCGCUCGUCAGUGGCUGGUGGAACGAGUACCGUGACACUUCGACGUCCCACAUCGACAGUUACCCCAGCAACCACCAAGGGCCAGCCAUCGGCCACUUUACGCAAAUGGCGAGCGAUCGGGCUUGGAGGAUGGGAUGCGCGAUUCAGAACUGGGUUCAGGAUGGCCUCUGGAUCACCUACUAUCUGGUGUGCAACUACUCGUUCACGAACAUCGUCGGCCAACCGGUCUACGUGCGAGGCACUACGGUCUCGGGAUGCACCACCGGGUACAAUCCUCUCUACCCUGGGCUCUGCUCCGUAGAAGAGUCCAUCUCGUCCGUACCCUAA